GCGAAAUAAAGUGGAAGAACGUUGGAGUAAUAUCUACAUUUUUAUUGUUGGUUAAUAUAAUCUACUUAUGUUGAAACAUUCGGAUGAAUAAGUCAACUGGUGGUCCUUUCUGCAACAAAACUUGCCUUGCUAUUUACACAUUGCAACAAACACCAAUGCUCCACUGGUUUGAGUUCAUGACCUUCAGGCUAAGCCGCUGAUUGACAGCACGCCUGGGUUAACGGGGAUCGUUCCGGCAAUAUUUGUUGUUGAGGAAUGAUCCUUGGUCCGGUAACUCGGUCGGGUUAGAGAAGUGAGCAAUCUCUCAAGAAUGCAAUGGAGCACCAAUGAAGCAAGAGUAAAUCUUGAAAAAGUGUCCAUGAAACCCAUUACAGUGUCACAAUAUGGGCCUGACCAGGAUAGAGUGAAACACUGGAUUUCAACAUAGUCAAAACCAAAGAGCCCAGAGCCCUUGUUAUAUGGAAGUUCUGCUUUGGUUGCUGCAGUAACCAAUCCAGAUUGGAUGGUGACCCCGUGUAGAAUGAAGACAACGCGGCCACUGCCAGGGUACCAGAUGACGCUUGUGACAGCUGGUCAGUGAAGAUGACCUCCUAAAGCUCAUAAGUGGAGCAAAGUGGGCUGGCUCCAUCCUCCAAGCAAUUCACAUGCAGCUAACAGCACCAUGCACCAUGGCUGGAUCAAGCCCCCUUUCAGUCUAUGCAUUGCGUUUGAGCCCUGGCGAAGAAAUUCUGACCUCUUUGAUAAUGUUUGUGAAGGAUAAGAAGCUGAAAGCUCCAUUUAUCAUCACUUGUGUGGGCAGUGUAACCAAGGCAACGCUCAGACUGGCAAAUGCCACUGCUUUGAAUACUAAUGAGAUCGUGCAUUUGAAUGAAAAGUUCGAAAUCGUCUCGUUGGUUGGAACCCUGAAUGAAGUGCCCCACUUGCACAUAGCUCUGGCAGACAAGGAUGGCAGGAUGAUCGGCGGGCACGUGUUAGGUGACCUGGAAGUCUUCACCACUGCCGAAAUAGUCAUUGGCGAAUCUGUUGGGCUUGAAUUCACCAGAGAGAUGGAUGAUCGUACAGGUUUCCCUGAGCUUGCCAUAAGUAGUCGCUCUAAACAGGCCCAGUCCUAGAGCAGCAAUUUGUACCCUGCAGUUUAUAUGUCAGGUUUGUAAAAAAAAACAAACCAUUGCAGUGAGUAAAUUGGACUGGAGCAUGCUUUGUCUGCUCUUUGCUUUUGCUUAUUGAUUCACCCACUUUCAUCACACAGAAACUAAUCAAUUCUACAGUGGAUAGACAACAUAACAUAAUUUCUACCAAACUCUUCAAAUGACUUGUCAUUAAUUUGCCUCCUUGCUUGCACUUGUUGGCAGAGCACAAGAUGCAGUUGGCUUCCUCCGUCUAUUAGCAGGGUUGUGCUCUUGGGAAUUUAGUGGAUUGGAAGGAUGAAUACACUGUGUUUGCUCAUCCUUACAGACUUACUUAUUACCACUAAUUGGGAGGGACAGUUCAAACAAACACAGAAGAGCAGUUGUCAGUUGACAAGCACGACAUGGGUUUAAAGAAGCAGUCGGAACUGGCUGUUCUGCCUUGUCCCAGCCCCUCCUUUCCCUGGCUUUAAGCCAAGCCCACAUCCUGCUCAAGUUGGCCACUUUGAUUAGAAAAGUUAUUAGCAAGCAGAGAGAGAGAAAAAUCUAGGAAGUCAGAGCAAAACAAAUUAGCCGAGAAAUCUGCAGACCUACAGCUGUUUGGAACUAAGCAUGGUGAUCAUUGUUCAACAGAUGACAGAUAAGACAGGACGGGCACUUGGUACCAAAUAGUGAAGUCUCAAAAUAUGUGAUCUGAAUUCAAAUUUGAAACCUCCUUGCUUCUUUACCUUUCGCCUCCUGUAUUAUCUCCUCAAAACCCUCCUUUGAUCACAUACUUCCCCAUAUGGUAAUACCUCAUAUUGCACCUUGCUGUCGAUUAUUGUGUGAUAAUGCAUUGGGAUGCUUUGCUCCAUUUUAAGGUGAUGUCUAAAUACAAGUAAUUAUCCUUGUUAGAAUGAUCUGGAUGUGCUGCAAGCACACAGGCUGAAACAAAUGUUUAGUAAAGACUUCAUCCAUUGUUAGGAACAAUUCAGCCACAGUCUAAGGGUCACCAUGACACCAGCAAAGAUUUGUGCGAGUGACAAGUGAGAGCUUGUUAGAUGAGCAGUUAACACAUGCAGCACAGCUAGAAGUGUGGGUAUGAAGCUCAGUCCAGCAGUUGCAUUCAUAAUUUCACUGUGAUAAAUGCAUAAUUUCAGCUGUUAAUAAACCAAGUCUUCAAGUGUUUCCUAAUAAAGUAAUUCUUUUGAAAUGUAUACAUUUGCUGCUCAAUUCCAUAAGACGAAGUUACAAACCACAGUGUUCCAACAUCU